GGUUACGUCGGAAGUCUGUGCCGCGCACAGUUCCGCUUUGGAUGUUCGCGCGGUUUUUUCCAGUUCUAAAAUUGGAUUUUGUGGAUUUACAUACUAUAUUUCAGAUUAGCAGAAACAACCCGCAAACAUGGCUUCGACAGCGGCAGGAAAACAGCGAAUUCCGAAGGUGGCGAAGGUGAAGAACAAGGCCCCUGCGGAGGUGCAGAUCACCGCCGAGCAGCUCCUCCGAGAAGCCAAGGAGAGGGAGUUGGAGCUGCUGCCCCCGCCGCCCAAGCAGAAGAUCACCGACGAAGAGGAGCUCAAUGAUUACAAGCUGAAGAAGCGCAAAGGCUUUGAAGACAAUAUCAGAAAAAACCGAACUGUCAUCAGUAACUGGAUCAAAUACGCACAAUGGGAGGACAGUCUAAAAGAAAUCCAAAGAGCCCGCUCAAUAUACGAGCGUGCCCUGGAUGUGGAACACCGAAACAUUACCCUGUGGUUGAAAUAUGCAGAGAUGGAGAUGAAGAAUCGGCAGGUGAACCAUGCUCGCAACAUCUGGGACCGAGCCAUCACCAUCCUGCCUCGUGUCAGCCAGUUCUGGUACAAGUACACUUACAUGGAAGAGAUGCUGGGUAAUGUUGCAGGCUGCCGGCAGGUGUUUGAGCGCUGGAUGGAGUGGGAGCCAGAAGAGCAAGCCUGGCACUCCUACAUCAACUUUGAACUGCGCUACAAGGAAGUGGAGAAAGCACGCUCCAUCUAUGAGCAAUUUGUGAUUGUUCAUCCUGAAGUGAAGAAUUGGAUCAAGUAUGCACGCUUUGAGGAAAAGCAUGGCUAUAUUGCCCAUGCCAGGAAGGUGUUUGAGAGAGCGGUGGAGUUUUUUGGUGAAGAGCAAGUUGAUGAAAACUUGUAUGUAGCCUUUGCAAAAUUUGAAGAGAAACAGAAAGAGUUUGAGCGGGUUCGAGUCAUCUACAAGUAUGCUUUGGAUCGGAUUCCCAAGCAACAGGCCCAGGAGCUUUUCAAAAACUACACAAUUUUUGAGAAGAAGUUCGGGGACAGGAGGGGAAUUGAGGAUGUGAUUGUUAGCAAGAGACGAUUUCAGUAUGAGGAAGAGGUCAAGGCAAACCCCCACAAUUAUGAUGCAUGGUUUGAUUACCUGCGUCUAGUGGAGAGCGAUGCUGAUCCCGACACUGUCAGGGACGUAUACGAAAGAGCGAUUGCCAACACUCCCCCGAUACAGGAGAAGAGGCAUUGGAGGAGGUAUAUUUACCUGUGGAUCAACUAUGCUUUGUAUGAAGAGCUGGAGGUAAAGGACCCCGAGAGGACAAGACAGGUGUACCAGGCUUGUCUUGAACUCAUUCCACAUAAAAAGUUUACCUUUGCCAAAUUAUGGUUGCUCUACGCCCAGUUUGAAAUUCGACAGAAGAACCUCCAGUUUGCCAGGAGAGCUCUGGGCAAUGGUGUUGGGAAGUGCCCAAAGAACAAGCUGUUCAAGGGCUACAUCGAGCUGGAGCUGCAGCUGCGGGAGUUUGACAGGUGCCGGAAGCUCUAUGAGAAGUACCUGGAGUACUCCCCAGAGAACUGCACCACAUGGAUCAAGUUUGCAGAGCUGGAGACCAUCCUGGGUGAUGUAGAGAGAGCUCGAGCCAUCUUUGAGUUGGCUAUAGGACAGCCCCGUCUGGACAUGCCAGAGGUGCUUUGGAAAUCGUACAUUGAUUUUGAAAUUGAACAAGAAGAAUAUCAAAAUGCAAGAGAGCUCUACAAGAGACUGCUGCAGCGCACACAGCAUGUUAAAGUUUGGAUAAGUUACGCCCAGUUCGAGCUGUCUGUGGAGAGCCUGGAAAGGCUGGACAAGUGUCGGCAGGUCUACGAGGAGGGCAACAAGGGUCUGCGGAAUUGUGAAGAGAAGGAGGACCGGCUGAUGCUGCUGGAGUCUUGGCGUGACUUUGAGGCCGAGUUCGGCACCGACAGCACACGUGAGCGGGUCAGCAAGCUGCUGCCUGAGAAGGUGAAGAAGAGGAGGAAGGUGACUGCAGAGGAUGGGACGGAUGCUGGCUGGGAGGAGUACUAUGACUACAUCUUCCCUGAGGACUCUGCCAACCAACCAAAUCUUAAACUCCUCGCUGUGGCCAAGAUGUGGAAGAAGCAGCAGGAGCAGCAAGAAGAGAAGCAACAGGAGAAAGAUCAGCAAGACGAGGAGCAGCAGGAAGAGCAUGUGGUUAAAGAGGCAUCUGCACAGACAGAAGAGAGCCAUGAAGCCCCAGCUGAUCUGGACUCCAAGGAAGUGGCCUUUGAUGACAGGGAUAACAAUGAUGAGAGCAGCAGUAGCAGCAGCAGUAGCAGCACCAGCAGUAGUGAUAGCAGCAGCAGCAGUGACAGUGACAGUGACAAUGAAGCUAGCAGCAAACAGGACAAAGAUAAACAGAACAAAAAGGAUAAAGAGACCAAAGAGAAAUAAUCCAGGUAUCUUCUUACAAGCGGAGGAAGAUGAUGAUGAUGAUGAUGAUGAUGAUCUUCUUUCAAAAGAAUUCACCUACAGCUUUGUGUUACUUUUUUUUUUGGUCAUCAAACUUAUGAAUGUCUUCUUGAUAUUUGUCGUGUAAAUACAUACCCUGGUUUCUAAACUCUUAAGUGGUGUUUUUUUAAAAAAAAAAAAAAACACUUGUAAUCAGCCUACACUACAUACACCCAACACCCCAGUCAAUAUACUGCACUAAAUAAUUGGAAUGGCUCACUUUUUGUGGAUGUGAAAUCUUGUUGGUCAAUGGAUGUCACUAUCUUGAAGAACUAUCCCAUCUAGUGGAGCAAAAUGGAAAUAUAUUGGUCAAUCAAUUCCAGUGUUGCUAUCUAUACUGGUUCAAGCUCUUCUCCAAGACUACUAACACAACCAGAUUUAUAUACUAACCUACUUACAGUAAUUAAGCCCAUUUCUC